UGGGGCGUGUCCUCUGCGCAGAAUCGGUGAUGUCAGUCUGCGCAUGCGCGCUGUGGAGUGUCAGAGAGGAAAGAUGGCGGCCCUCAGAGCGGGUCUCCUGACCCGAGCUCUUACUAAAGGAAAAACACCGGGAAUCUCAAACAUUAUCCUCGGAACAAGAGCAGCAUCUGGUCCUUCUAAGGACACAUUACCCGGUGCGUACCCCAGAAGCCCAGAGGAGAUGGCAGCAUCGGCCAAAAAAUACAACAUGACGCUGGAAGAUUACAAACCUUAUCCUAAUGACGGCAUGGGGUACGGUGAUUACCCCAUGCUUCCGGAGCGAUCGCAGCAAGAGAGAGACCCCUGGUAUCAGUGGGACCAUCCUGAUCUCAGGAGGAACUGGGGAGAGCCGGUGAGUUUAACGUUCAUCCUAUAAAUCCUGGUUUUUGUU